AUGCUAUGCGUUAAUACUGUAGAUGAAACCAUAUGGAGAGGCCAUUAAAUAAUUUAAUAAGGCUAUCUCAAUUAAUAAUCACUGCAAUUCGAGCAAUUUUGGCAAAUUGGUAUUUAUUAUCUCUUAGCGUUUAGGAUUAUGCUUACAAUAUCUGGGAAACUACAAUGAAGCAAUAGAUAAUUUCAAUAAAGCAAUCAAUUUAAAUCCUAUGGAAUAAAAUAUUUUUUAAAAUGUGUGA